AUGCCGGGAACUGGCCACGUCGAUGUCCGUGCAUAUUGCGAUCUUGAAACAAUUGGACUCCGUGUUCAGCCCGCGGAUUUGGCAUGUAGCCUGUGCGAUAUUCUAAGAGAAAAUUGCGAGUUUGAUUCUGGGGUUGCUGGUACCGAUGUUCAGGAUGGGAACGACGACAACGAUGGUGGCGUGGAUGCUGGCGAGGGUGAUCGGUCUUUACCUGAUUCCGACGAAGCCCACAUUCAAGGAGACUAUCGCCUUACCUGGCCAUUGGUGAAAAUUUCCUCACUCUAG